GUAAGUACAAUCAGACACACAUACACGCCCUGAUUUAUUUACACACUACACAGAGCCUGGCACUAAUUCAUUCACCAUUGUCUGUUCUUUACCUAUAAACAAAUGCAGGUCUGGCCACAGAAGUGGGCUGCUUAUCCCCAGCGACAGCAUGGGGAUCUAUCUGCAUUUGUCUGCACACAAAGCCAUUGUUCUUCGUGUUUGUUUGGGGAGGGCAAUAAAAUGUCCCAUGUCUCAGCAGCUGUAAAACUGACCUAAUUCACACCUCCUCGUGGGAGUUCCCUCUGUUUCCCUCUUCUGAGCUGCUUCUCUGUGCCUCUUUGUCAGGGAGAAUCCAGAGGACAGCAAUUUUUCCUCGUAGGGAAUCACCUCGGGCCUGAAACCAGGUGUCAGUGGAAAUCCCAAAAGUGUGCUAUAAAGUCAUGUUUGAGUUUCAAGCUUGGGAGCAGUCACUAUAGCUACCGUGGCAGACGGCACCUUGCAAGUUGGUUUCCAUACUAGCUUGGUUACUAUUUAACAUCUCCACCCACAUUAGGCCUGAUUAAGCGAAUCAAUAAGAUAACAGGCGAGGCAGGUUUCCUCACCCUUCCUCCCUCCCUCCCUCGCCCAGCUUCUUUUCUUGUUAUUUUACACUUUCCCAUUUUCUUCAGAAUUAUACUGAUGAGAAAUGGUCAAUGUAAGCACACAGCUAAGUGCUAAGAUGGAGGCCCCUCCGUAUGACACUUCCCCAUCUGAAGUUACAAAUCUCAAUGCUUCUAACAACAUUGGAGCUAGUGUCUUAUGUGCCAUUUGUGGAGAUCGCGCUACGGGGAAGCAUUACGGAGCAUCCAGUUGUGAUGGCUGCAAAGGGUUCUUCAGAAGAAGUGUCAGAAAGAACCAUAUGUAUUCUUGCAGGUUUAAUAGACAGUGUGUUGUAGACAAGGACAAAAGGAACCAGUGUCGAUAUUGUAGGCUAAAGAAAUGUUUUCGAGCAGGAAUGAAGAAAGAAGCUGUACAAAAUGAGCGUGAUCGAAUCAGUACUCGGCGAUCCAGCUAUGAAGACAGUAGCUUACCCUCCAUUAAUGUUUUAUUGCAAGCAGAAGUCCUUUCACAACAGAUAUCAUCACCAAUGUCAGGGAUUAGCGGAGAUAUCAGAGGGAAAAAGAUUGCAAAUAUUGCAGAUGUGUGUGAAUCCAUGAAACAGCAACUGUUAGUACUUGUGGAAUGGGCCAAAUAUAUCCCAGCCUUCUGUGAGCUGCCCCUGGAUGAUCAGGUGGCUUUGCUACGAGCCCAUGCUGGGGAACAUCUCUUACUGGGAGCAGCCAAACGCUCGAUGGUGUUCAAAGACAUCCUUCUCCUAGGAAAUGACCACAUAAUCCCCCGAAACUGCCCAGAAUUGCUGGAAAUCAGCCGCGUAGCUGUGCGAAUUCUAGAUGAGCUGGUGUUAACAUUUCAAGAUCUGCAGAUUGAUGAUAAUGAAUAUGCUUGCCUGAAAGCCAUUAUCUUCUUUGAUCCAGAUGCUAAAGGCCUAAGUGACCCUAUCAAGAUCAAACGAAUGCGAUAUCAAGUCCAGGUCAGCCUGGAGGACUACAUCAAUGACCGGCAAUAUGACUCACGAGGACGCUUUGGGGAGCUGUUACUUCUCCUGCCCACCCUCCAAAGCAUCACAUGGCAGAUGAUUGAGCAAAUCCAAUUUGUUAAACUGUUUGGCAUGGCCAAAAUUGACAACCUGUUGCAAGAGAUGCUGCUUGGAGGUUCAUCAAGUGACACACCUCAUGCUCAUCAUCAUCCUCUGCAUCCCCACCUUAUCCAGGAGAAUUUGGGAACAAAUGUCAUUGUGGCCAACACAAUGCCUCCUCAGAUCCAUAAUGGACAGUUGUCCACUCCUGAAACUCCCCAACCUUCCCCCCCAGCUGGCUCCGGAGCUGAACAAUACAAACUACUUCCGGGGGCCAUCGCAACUGUAGCCAAGCAGCCCAGUUCGAUCCCUCAGCCCACCAUCACAAAGCAGGAGGUCAUCUAGCAUCCAACUAAAUGAGGAAUCGAUGGCUCAGACCGCCAUGUGGAGAAACGAAACCUCCCUCGUUCUCAACUCAAUCCCUCUGGUGGUCGAACAAUUCAUCGAGCUUUUCCCAGGGCAAAAAUGUGCUAUUUUAAAAAAAAAUCGGAAAUUACAUGUGAAAAAAAAGAAGAAGAAGUGAUAUUCACAUGCAUCUGUGACUGAAUGCUGCAUAACUUACAGAUUAGCCUCAAUGGACACCUUUGCAAAGACAGCCAGGUGUCAAACUUUAGAUCUGUUGGUGGCUGUUCCAAAAAUUGCACUGACUUGCCUGUUUUGCCACUGCCUACUUUCUCCGCCUCCCUCUUUCUCUACAAAUCUGCCUUU